GAGAGAUGUUGUGGCUAUCAAUACAAUGAGUGAUUGUAGCCUGAUGUGUUUAAAAAUCAAACACAGCAUGAGGUGCUGUGCUGCUGACAUUGAUUGAACGGUCAAAAUGGCUGUCACUGGACCCCCAGGUUGUCACUCAGCUCUGGAGGGUGGGCGAGACAAAGUGACAGUGCUGUAAAAACUCAGCAUCGCGUUGUGCAGUCUGUAGGGGCGACCCAUUGACUGGCCCAUACGCAUUACUAUGGAGUGGCUUUGGAUCGCCGUGGCAACAUGUGUGCUCGUGUCCCGCUCUGUCAAAGGCGACGACUGGUGGUGGGAGUAUGAGGAGGGGAUACGACACUACAGCAAGGAAGCCCUCAACAAGGAAUUUCCAGAGAAAACUCGACCUGUGAGCUUCAAACAUCCUGUGUUCCAGUGCCCGGACAUGACUCCUUCUCCCUCUGUCCCCUCAUCAGUUGAAUUUGUGAAGGCGGCAGAUAUAAAAGUCAUCGCUGCCUUGGGGGAUUCUCUGACAACGGCCAUAGGCGCCAACGCCACCACUGUCCUCGGGAUUCCUAUUGAGUUUCGUCAUGUGUCUUGGAGUAUCGGAGGCUACGGGUCAUUUCAGGAUGUCAUUACUUUGGCAAAUAUCAUCAAGCUUUUCAAUCCCAAUCUGGUCGGUGCAGCUCCCGGCAAGACAGUUCAUGGGAUGCAGGGUCAUAUCAGUGAAACAGGCUUCAACCUGGCUGUGACUGGACAAAACACCUUCAAUCUCCCAGGCCAGACGAGGCAUUUGAUUGACACGCUGAGAGGUUAUGAGGGUUUGAACUUUGAGGAGGACUGGAAGCUUCUGACCAUUCUCAUGGGCAUGAAUGACAUCUGUGAUUACUGCAAAGAUAAGGCUCUUUUUUCAGUCGAUAACUUCAUUCACUAUAUGACCGUCUCCUUGGAAAUGCUUAUGAAUGAGGUUCCUCGUAUGAUUGUUAACGUGGUUCAGAUCCUGCCCAUGCAAACUCUGAGAGAGGUGCAGAAGCCCACCCCAGGGUGCCUGCUCCAACGGUCUUUCUGUUCGUGCCUGAUAGAGCCAGUGGCCAGGUCUCCCGAACUUCGGGAGUUGGUGGAGGUCAAUCUGGAGUUCCAGAGAAGACUUGAAGAGCUGCUGUACAGCGAUCGUUUCUUCAAGGACAACUUUGCUGUUGUUCUUCAGCCCUUCCUCAAACACGCUGACCCUCCCCGCCUCCCGAACGGGAAGAUUGAUAUGACCUUUUUCACUCACGACUGCUUCCACUUCACCAUAAAGGGACAUGAAGAGCUGGCCAAGGGACUGUGGAACAACAUGUUUCAGCCUGAGGGAGGAAAGAUGAUUGUGAGCAGUUUCUCUGAUCCCAUCACUCUCAUCUGUCCACCUAUGGAACACCCAUAUAUCUUCACCCGACCAAUUGCAGCCAAGUCAGGCCAGCCACCGCUUCAGUCUGACGCUCCAUCACACGCAGCCUUCUCGCUGCUCUUGCUACUUGUGGGUUUGGGACGUCUUGGACUCCUGUAGCUUUCAGUUUGCCUAAACAAUUUUUUUUUACAAGCACGUCUCUGCUUCCCUGGUUACUGUUGAGGUGAUCACCUACAGUGGAUCACCUGCAAAGGGGAGUCUGUGAGCCACUGUUUGCAACUUUGCAUGUCUGUGGCCCCAAAAUACCAGCAUGGAGAAUUUACUGCCGCUUUAAGAUCAGAAAAUCCCAUUGAUAAUGUGACAGUGAAUCCUACAACCUAAAUAUUUUAUUUUUAGAGGCAGGUGCAGGUGGUGGUGAGUUUUAGUCAUUGUUGGUGAGCAGAUUGCUGCUCUUAGCAGAAAGUUUUCUAUUUUGCUUUUAAAUUUUAAUUUUUCAUGACUGCACCAAGAUGAUUUAUCAGUAAGACCACACACUAACUGUGGGGAUGGGACUCCUCCAUGUUACUCCCACACUUGUAAUUAUAACAAUAUACUAUAGGUGUAUUUUUUAGAGAGGUCUUGCCUAGUGCAGCUUUAACUUUACUGUAUUACUUGAUUUUUUAUUAUAAAUUGCAGAUGUUGUAAUUAGCAAAAAAAAAAAGGAAGUUAACAUUUUUGAAUUGUUCACGUGACAUUUAUACAUUCAUACAUAUAAAAAAUUAAACUGAUUAGACUUUGCCCAAAAGUGAAGUGAAUGUCUGUUAAAUCUAUAGAUACUUAAUAAGCCUCAGUACCUCGACAGAACCCUGAAUCCUUUCAGUUCUUCAGAUAAAGUUUUGAGAUAUUGCCACAGUGCAUUAUGUUCAAUCAUUUUGUUGAAUUGGCAAAGAAACUGUUCAAUCACCACAUCAAAAUUCAUUCACCUGGGAUGUCAACUGCCACUUGCCUCAUUUGCAGCAAAACGCUCAGACACAUAGAGGAGCCCUGCUGAUCAGCUCAGCAAAAUGAUUUAAAGAUGGAAAAAGAAUUUGUCGGCCAUCUUAACCCUCUGUGGAUUUUUCCCAGAAAGCUGUGAUUUUUUUCAAACCGGAGACGAUUUAGUCACACGUCUGUUCCUCAGAUCUUCAGGCUGCUGCUGGCCCACUUUUCACUCCACAGUCCUCCGCUACCUGCAUUAUUAUGCAUUGAGCACAAGAGGAGGCAAAGUAAGACACCACAGCACAGUGAGUACACUGAGCAAAAAAAACACUAAAUUUUUUACAUGCUACUGAGUCAUUGUUGUUUAUCUAAAUGCACAAACUCUCACCUUUCAACACAAGUAGCUGUGAUGAUCAUCUGCUACAGAUGAUUUUCCUGUUCAUCUGCUCUCUGGCUAAACAGUACAGUAUGUAUUGACUCUGUUUAAUUAGUAUAACUACAAGGGCAGGUGGAAGCUAUAUUAAGCUCAUCUCAGGUUACUUUGGUUUGCUCAGAAAUGUUAAUUUAGCUGUUGAAUGGAAAAGAACCAUGCAAUAUGUACUCAGCAUGGUAGGGUUGAAUUAUACAGAAUUGAAUAUGACGCUUUUCUAAAACCUGUUUCAAGGUAAACAUGUCUUACAGUAGAUCAUGCAGGCCGAACCUUUUGAACACUGACUUUGAAUGGGAGAUGCCCCUUUUUAAUGUGUUUGUUUAGUAAAACAUUUCCAGGGUACAGACAGUUUAGUAUAGGAAGUUUUUUUUAUUAAUAUCACCCAGUAUGUAUUUUUAAUGAAGCACGCUCUUAUAUAUGUGUGUGUGUGUGUGUGUCCUAUCCUCAGUUUCUACCAUCUCUCUUGAAUUUCAGUCAGUCCUCGUAGCUGUUGGAUUUCAUAAUGACCUUAUUAUUGCAUUCAAAGAAAAACCCUCUUCAUGUUUAAACAAAGCCGUUACCGGUUUAUGCGGGAUAAAUAUGGAUCCGUCUCUGACGCAAAUUGGCCUUUAUUGUCUCUCUGAAAGCAUAAUGAGAUCUUUGGGAUCUCAGUAGACGGUAGGGUAGGAAAUUUGAAACGGCAAACAGUCCAGCCCACACCUUGGAAACCUCUUUGUCUGUCAUAUAUUUUUUUUUUUAAUGAAUGUGUCAGUAACAAAUGAAAAGAGAAAAUGACCUCAUAAGCCCAUGUGCAUCUGGGACUCAGUGCUUAUGUGAUAAAAGAGAACAAACAACCUUAGGAUUUUCCAUGGUUAUGAUAAUAAGACCUCUAUGUAAUGGUACUGUGAAAUAUAUAACUCAACCUGUAAUACAGUCAGCUAUUUGGUGACACAAAACCCAUAGUUAAGUAAUGCAGAAUAAUGAAAUAAAGCAGCCUUUGCAGUGUCAUGGGUGCCUAUUGUUCACCAUUAAGAAAUGAUCACAUCAUAAUAAGUUUGUCUGAUAAGUUAUGUUUAAUGGAUGAUCAAUUAAUUCAUGUUAACUCACACUUACUACAACCAUUAAAGCUGCAUGAAUCAAUGGAGACAAUCUGUAGUAAUGUUAACAGGUCACAAUCAGACUCCUGACACAGCAGUAAUACACAGUUCCCAUUCUCCUUUGAUUUGUCAACUGGUACCUGUUAGAUGAUUUAGGUUUUACUGCGUCAUUCUUUUCAGUAGCCCUACUCCUUGAUAAAACUGCAAAACAUGUAGAUGCUUGCACCUGAGUACCAGUUUGACUGAGUCUACAGCCAUGCUAGUGGCACUGUGAGAGAGUGCUGUUGAGCUAAAUGAAUUGGGGCUUGAAUGUGUGUAGCAAAUUUCAUGGCGAUCUAUCCCAAACAGUUGCUGAGACAGAUGAAGAGUAAGAGGGGAUUGUCAUCUGGUGACCAUGUCAUGUCAAGUCAGUUUAUUUACAUAGCGCCAGUUCACAACAGAAGUUAUCUCAGGGCACUGUACAUAUAGAGCAGACCAUACUCUUUAUCUUAUAAAAUUUACAUAAAUGUCUGCAUCAGAAUUUGCACCAGUCCUUCCAGUAGACAUUGAGAUAUUUGACCUGUUGGCAGUGUAGAGGGAAGAUCCUCUGGGAAUCUGAAUACCUGUUCAAACUUUAUUCAAGGAACUGCAUCUCAUACUUGUUGGGAGAUAUUUUAGUCUGGACCAUAGAGGCUCAUUCAUAUUUCUAUGACAACAAGGACUGGCAGACUUUCAAAGAGGCUGAUCAUGGGUCAUGCAAAGGUCUGAAAUGCCCUUCUCUAUGCAGCUGAAUUCCAGAUCACUUUUGAUUAAUAUCUGUGAGUUAUCAAUCAUUAAGUCAUGAUAAUUAGUAACAUAAACUUGUGGUGACGUGAUCAUUUCUUAAAGGACAAGAAUUCACGAUAAAUCCUACAUCAAUCCAUAAUUAUGCAGGAGUAAAGAAUGUAUUUUGUACCCAGACUAAUAUUUAUAAUAUUAGCUGUAUAAUUAUUAAUUACUGUACAUUGUAUAUUAUGUUAUAUAUAGCUCAUAUAGUACAAUACAUGCUUCUCUUUUGUCCACUGAUAAGAGGGGCAAAUGUCCUGGGUUUAUGAAAUGUGAAAAAUGUUUUUUUAUUUUUAUCUUGUUUCUACUGAGGCCACCUGCUCACAUGAUCAAAGUGGGCACUGUAUCAGCAAUGGCAGCAAUAAUUUUCAAUAAGCUGUCACCUAGCAACACAUUCAGGUAGUCAAGACACAAAUACAGUAGGAUGAUACAGCUUUGUCCUGUAUGGGAGCUCAAUGUGAUGGAGACAGACACACGAUCUGUGCUUUUAUUCACAUACAUAUCCACUUUGCUUAGAUUUAUAAAGACAUUUUUAUUGUCUUACAAUUGCAGCUUCUUCUUUUUUUUUUUUCUUUUUUUUUUUAAUUUUUGGUUUUAUGGGCAAGGUCACUGCAGAAUCAAGCUCUUAAAGUCUUUUGGAAGUCAUAUAACCUGGUGUGCACUGUCAAACCAAAACUUUGCAUUCAGUUACAGUAAAAUAAAAUAAAAUCACAUUAAAGUAAAAGCUGCAAUCUCAACAUUGAC